UAUGUAUUAAGUAUCAUACUGUCUUUUUAUAUUAUCCGAAAGGGUAGGGGAGGAGGGAGGAGGAGGGUGAUAAAUAUUACUAUUCUUCAUUUAACAGCCAAAUUGUAAACGUAAACAGAACAAUAUUGCAUUUUUUUUUGUCGUAUGUUUGUGUAUUGAAGAGUCACUUGUAUGGUGAACUCAGUAUUUUUCCAGCAUGAACCGCAAAUAUAUAUAUGAAGGCAUGACCUGUUGAUGUACUAAUCACUAGCAGCGUAUUAAUUAACAGCAUGAACCAACUAGAUAAUUAUAACUAGUAACGCAAACGAUUAAAUAUAUCAGUUCAGUUAUCACUCAUGUGCUAUGAAGUACUACGGUGGUGAAGGCUUACUGAAUACAGCUAUAAAUAAUUUACCUGUAGAACUACACAUCCCAACGUACAGAUACUGUGGUCCUGGCACUAAACUUGCUGAAAGGUUAGCCAGAAAUGAUCCAGGUGUGAACGGAUUGGAUGAAGCUUGUAAACAACACGAUAUAUUUUAUUCAAAAGAAAAAGAUCUGAGUGAUCGGCAUUUGGCUGAUAAGGUGCUGGCAAAACAAGCAAUGAAUAGGUUUCGUGCAAGUGAUUCGUCUUGGAAGGAGAAGGUCGCCGCAUUAGCUGUAGCAGGUGCUAUGAAAGCUAAAGUAAAACUUGGAAUGGGCUUAAAAGAAACCUCUCAAAGGCACCAAAAACGUAAUAUAAACAACUGUUUGAAGAAAUUACAUAAAUUAGCGAAAGAAUUACAGGGGUCUCAAAAACUGGUUCAAGACUCUGUUCAGAUCCUACAAACUGAACAAUCUCAAAAAGCUCAAAAAAUAUACUUGCGAAGGAUAAGGAGAAAAGUAAAUCUAGUGAGAAAAAAGUACGAGAAGUGA